GUAUGGAAGAACCUGAACAGGACACUGGGGCUAGUCCUGGUAGCAGCUGUGAUAACGACAAAGACGAGAAGAGGGAAUUACAAGAGGAGAUAAAUUCCCUUAAAAGCCAGCAGAAAUCUAUCAAAUGCGAGAAUCACAAUCUAAUGAGCAAGUUACAGGAGGCAGAAAUUAUCAAUCAGUCUCUUCAAGAACAAGUGCAAGUCCUGAAUAGAAACAACCAGUCACUUACAGAACAAAAGGAUGAUUUAAUUUUAAGGUUAAGCAAACUUACAGUUGAUAACUCAAAUAUCGCUGAUCUAAGUGACAGUAAACGCCCAACAAAACUUGCCGAGGAAUUCGCCGAGCUGUAUGACAAUGAAUGGACAGAUGCUUUUGAAAACAUUCAUCUUGAGUCUGAACAAGAGAAAAUAGCAUUCAUGCUUAGAUUGUUACAGAGUGCCAGACAGAUAUGUAACGAUGUUUCAAGAAGACAUAUAGAGGAUAUGAAGAAAGGUAUAUUUACCCUUACUGUCGACACUAAGACAUCGUCCGAGAAAUUAUCCUCUGAACAAAAUGCCAUUAGAUCCUGUGAUAAAAGUGAAAAGGCUGAAUGCGAAUGCCACGAAUCAGAGGACAAACGGAAAAGGCUGAUAGUGGAUGCGUUUGACUCUGUCCCUUUAGAGGAAUAUGAAAUGCAUGUUAUAGCCGAUGAUGUCAGCACUUUUAGCGCUGCUCAAAAACAAGCUAUCUUAGAAAUAAAAAGGAAUGUGGAAGUACGCCUGUCCAAACAACUCCAGAAGGUAGGCUGUUUACAUCUAUUCACUGUAGCUGUGUCUUUUUUCCUUAAAGAGGUUUGCAGAACAGAAACUUGCAAAACAAAAACUUGCAGAACAGAAUUAUUUUAACGUUUCAUGAUCUUA